AUCAACGCCGAUUGGUCAAACUGAGAGAUCACGUGAUGUUUACAAUUGCGCUGCUAUCGAUUACUGGAUUUUCGUCGAAUUAAAAAACAGAAUGAAUGCAUCCUUACUUCUACGUGUUUCAUCAAAGUUAAGACCGAGUUUAGGUAGAAACUUGAAUUGUUGGACAGCAGCUAUAACAAAAAAACACCAAAAUGUUUAUGUGAAUACUUAUCCCACUAUUCUCGUUCUUCCCGAUGGCAGUAGUUUAAACAUUGAAUAUAACACACCAAGAAAAAUAAUUGUUCUUCCAUUUAAUAUUGCUGAACUUUCAGAGGAAGAACAGAAAAUUAAAAUUGAAAAUCGUAAACCAAAGACUAAGGUUACAAUAAUGGAAGAGAUACAAGACGAUUUUGAUGGAUUUAAAUAUGUUAAUAUGAAGAAGAGAUAAUUUACAAUUAUUUCUAUGAUUGUAUAUUUUAUUUAUUUGAUGAAAAAUAAUGAAUUUAUGUAAAG